GUCCACACCUUAAGGUUUGCUAAUGACUUGUAAGGAAUCGCACCUUGGGCCCCUUUGAUGCCUGCACUGUGUGUGAUGGUUUAAUGAACGCGCAGCGAGCAUGGCGUCAGAGCUUCAAACACACACUCGGUCGUCUGGGCUCAAGACCCGCGCCAAAUUCUCUGCGUUUAUCGUGUUUUAUUACCCGACUUAUCAGACUAAAAGUUCCCGGAAAUAUUGCCCCGAGAGCGCGCUUAAUGGAAAAGAUAAAAGACAUUGUUUCUAAAACUUACACCAUGCCAUAAUGCUAAAAGUACUAAUAUGGCAAUAACCACGGACGCUUUGCUGUGGUACUCACAUGAAGGUAGAUUCAAAAAUAGAUAACUUUUAUACAAGUUGCAUUUUGGUUGAGCUACAAAGAAGUACUACAAUGCACAAUACCGUCACUUUCACUUAAUUAACCGCACCUGAGGUUCUCGCUGUGUAUAGACAAAAUGGAAACCUUUUGCCUCAAGUAUUUGAGCCCUGGGUCACUGAAACAGGGCAUCCCAAGAGAGUCGGAGGACGCAUUGGUAAAAAUGGACUUUUGCCAGCUCCUCGCAUCUUUGGUCCUGUCUGUAUGCUGCCAAUUAUUGUCCACAGCAGCAUGGUCAGUGAAUAACUUCCUGAUGACAGGACCCAAGGCAUAUCUUGUGUAUGCAAGUAGUGUGCAAGCAGGGGCACAGCGUGGAAUUGAGGAGUGUAAAUACCAGUUUGCAUGGGACAGGUGGAACUGUCCUGAGAGCGAAUUGCAACUGUCAACACAUAAAGGAUUGCGAAGAGCUACCAAAGAAACGGCUUUUCUACAUGCCAUAAGUGCUGCUGGAGUUAUGUAUACAUUGACCAAGAACUGCAGCAUGGGAGACUUUGAUAACUGCGGCUGUGAUGACUCAAAAACUGGAAAAAUAGGAGGUCGAGGUUGGAUUUGGGGUGGAUGCAGUGAUAACGCUCACUUUGGUGAGAACAUUUCUAAGCAGUUUGUAGAUGCGCUGGAAAAUGGACACGAUUCACGCGCUGCCGUAAACCGUCACAACAACGAGGCUGGCAGACUUGCUAUCAAAUCGACAAUGAAGAGAUCAUGCAAGUGUCACGGCGUGUCCGGAAGUUGCAGCGUUCAGACGUGCUGGAUGCAACUGUCUGACUUCAGGGAGGUUGGCAACUACCUGAAAAUCAAAUACGACCAAGCACAGAAGCUUGAGUUGGACCAGCGACGCAUGCGCACUGGGAACAGCGCCGAGAACCGUGGCGCGAUCUCAGACACGUUCAACAGCAUUGCGCGCAGCGAGCUCAUACACCUGGAGGACUCCCCAAAUUACUGUAUGAAAAACCUGAGCCUCGGACUGCACGGAACUGAAGGCAGGGAGUGUUUGCAGAGUGGUAAUAAUUUGUCGCAGUUUGAAAAGCGAAGCUGCAGAAGGCUAUGCCACGAGUGUGGCCUUAAAGUAGAGGAAAAAAUGAUAGAAAUAGUGAGUAGCUGUAACUGCAAAUUCCACUGGUGCUGUACGGUGAAGUGUGAGAAAUGCACACAAUUCGUAAAAAAAUACAUUUGUGCAAAAAGGAAUAAGAGCAGUCGGUUACGUAACGGUUCCCGAAGGAGGCAACGUGUAGGAAGUUAACCUUCCCUUGUCCAUCUGUAAUAUCCAAAGUGUAUAUUUGUACAUAUUGACAUUAUUUUAAAGCUGACAUCAAGAAAAUGGUAUUCCUAACUCGUAAAAAAAACUCACUUUCCUUGGCUAACUAAUUUUCAGUACUUAUGUUCUAUAUGUGCACUUUUAUUCUUAAUAUCAGAUCACAGAUUGUUUGCUAAACCUUAAAAACGUGUUCCUUAUUUUGAACACAAAGUUGCUUGACUGAGUGUUUACUGCACCUGGGGUUAAAUGUAUUUGUUUCAUUUUAUCUUUAAGUGUGUACCAUAUUUUAACUCAGAAAGCAUUAAAUAUUUCGGACAUAUGUUUGGGUGUGUUUUUUCCCUCUGACCUACAAAAAGUUUACUGUAGGAAAAGUGUAUUGGCGCGCGGUGUAAACCUU